AUGGCAGCAAACGGCACAAGCAGUGGUAGUACUCGUAAGGACCCGAUUCUGGACCUGGCCAAGUAUAUCGACCAAGAAGUACGUGUGAAAUUUCAUGGCGGACGCGAAGUAACAGGAACGCUUAAGGGCUACGACCAGCUUGUAAAUCUAGUACUGGAUGACUCUAUUGAGUACCUGCGCGAUCCAAACGAUGAGUACCGAAUUACGAAUGAGACGCGUAAGGUUGGUCUGGUAGUGUGCAGAGGCACAUCCGUCAUGAUUGUGUCGCCUGUUGAUGGUACUGCUGAGAUUCCAAAUCCAUUUUUGCAGCAAGAGGAAUAA